AUGUCUUCGAUUAUAACUCAGCUAGAACAGGCCAAAUCUUUGGCUUUCUCCAAUAAAUCAACUUUCCCUCAAGUUCUUUCACAAGUGUUGAAGCUUUCGACGAAUCCAGACAUAGAAGUUCAAAAAUGGUGUGCUAAAUUUUUCAAAGACUCGUUCACUUCAUCCAAUGAUGUGUUGGGAAUAACAGAUAAGAUCGAUUUGGCCAUAGAUGCACUUGAUAGUUUAUUAUUCUUGUUGGAGGUUAAGAAUCUAGAGAUCUUCAAAGAUUCGGUUGAGACUGCCAUAGUGGUUUAUAAGUUAGUGUUCAAGUAUGUCGUGGAGAACGAUGGCUGUAAAGAUGUGUGGGUUAAAUUAAACCAAAUCAUUCAAAACUUACUCAGUAAAUAUAAGUCAAGUUUUCCGUUGGAUCAUAUCGACGAGGAAAGUGAUUUAAGAAGAGCCAUUGACUGUAAGAUUGAAUUGAUGAAGUUCAUCGUCUUGGUGAUUGACUAUGGAAGUCCAAACCAGCCUCAAAGUAACAGUAAUGGUAAUGGGAAGAAGAAAUUGGUUAUUAGGAACCAAUUUAAUCUUGACGAUGUGCCUUCCAACCAUACGCUUAUAAUUCCAUCGGUCUUAGAAAAGCAAUCUUAUAAUCACUUGGAUGUGAUAUUGUCUGUAUUCAAUCAAGACAUCCUUGUAACACCACUCAUCACUGCCAGUUUAAGUCAUUUGUCGGUCAUCGUGUCAAAAAAGUCCUCUCAUUUCAUCCUGAAGAUCUUAAACACUUUGGAAUCUUAUGAUACCCAGAGGAAGAAUCAAUCCAAUUACGAAACGGUGGAGGAAUUCAAACUCUCUAGAAAAUACAUAGACAGAUCAUUGAAAGUAUUCUUCAGUUACGUCUUAAGAAACCAGUUGGCACCCACGCCACAGAUGCUGCAAUGGAUAAAUAAGAAACUUAAUUUACUCAUAUCUAGAGGUGACGAAAUAAGAAAGAAGAACAUCUUGGCACCUAGUCUGCAAGAUUCUAACAUCAAAAAGAGGAAAUUUGAAGGUGGGUUUGUCAAUGUCCUGAAAAAAUUGAAAACCGCAGACUACAAGAACUUGUAUUCCUUACAGGAUCCUAGCAAUGAGUUGAAUAACUUUGAUUUGACUACAUUACCACAGCAUAUUUUAAUCUCGAUGACUUUGAACUCAUUAAAUAAGGUCAGUGUAGAAAGAUUGACCAAGGCAUUAAAUAUCAUCGUAGACAGGUAUAAGAAUACCUUGAACGAUCCAAAAUUCCAGAGACAAGCAGCUAAGAAAGGUGGAGAUAAUUGGAUUAAAAACGAAUACGGUGAUGAGAAUGACGAAGAUGACGAUGAUGACGAUGAAGAUGACGACGAUGCUGACAGAGAAGGAAGUAAUGAAGAUGAUUAUUCUGAAACUGUGUUCACUCUUCCUCCUCCUAAGGAACUUUCGUUUGAGGAGAAAAAGUCUCAUGUCAACAUUAUCAUCAAAAACUUCUUCAGGCUUUCAGAGAAACCUGUAAAUGACGGGGGAGCAAAUGUCGACCCAAUUGCAGAAAGUGACAAAACUGGAGUUGAUAGUGAACUAACAAGAAUUGCAAUCAAAAGUUGGAAAAAGGAUUCCUGGUUGAUAUUACUUACAAGACUUGCAACCAGAGGAAUGAGGGGAGUCGAUGGAGAUGAAGAAGGGGGAGAUUUUAAACAGAAUGAAAAUAUCUCUAAUAUUAUUCGAAAAGCUCUCUUUGAUCACUUCCUCGACAACAUUCAUUCUAGAAUCGAUUUGAUUAUAGAAUGGUUAAGUGAAGAAUGGUACAGCGAGAAAGUUUUUAAUGAGGACAAAUUGAUUGAAGAAUUAAGAGAGAAGCAUUCCAACGAUGAAGCUAAGGUUCAACAAGAACUCUCACAGGCGACAAUUCCGACACCCCUAUAUAACGACUGGACUGGGAAGGUAUUGGAUGCGAUGAUUCCAUUUUUGGAGCCAAACGAUCGUAAAAUAUUUAUUAGGUUGCUUUCUGAUUUGCCGUACUUGAACGGAGAAUUGGUAGAUAGAAUCAAGAGUCUUUGCUUUGACCCGGUUAGGUCCAAGAUUGGCUUUUUAUCAUUGCAGUUCUUGAUUAUGUACAGACCUCCAGUCAAAGAUGCCUGUAUCGGGAUUUUGGAAGAGUUGAGUAAGAGUGAUCAAGAAGAUUUGAGAGAGGAAAGUGAGAAGUUGUUGAAGAAGUAUAAGCCGGAAACCGUUGCUUAA